AUGUUCCUCAAAUACGGCGAUCGCAUCCAAAUGUCAAACGGGGGAUCAUCCGACGGUUACGUAUCUCCACGCAUCUCGAGUCCAGGAAGUUCCUACAAUUAUUGCAUGCUCUCAAGUCCCGGCAACAACUCUGAAUCCGGAAUGUCUUCUCAACCCUACAUACCGAAUUGCUACGGCAGCAGCAAGGAUGAUUGGGGUUGCCAGCAGCAGUACUACGGAGAGAACAACAAUCUUUACGAUUACAAUAAGCACAAGGCGGAGAGCAGCUCCGAUAACUAUCACAGGCAGGACUAUUACAAGUCCUGCGACAGUUACAAGAAGGACUCCUCCAAGAAGAUGAUGAGUCAGCAGCCGCAGGUUGAUGUUAUGAAGAAGAGGCGUUUGGCGGCGAACGCGAGAGAGAGACGAAGGAUGAACAGCCUGAAUGAUGCCUUCGAUCGCCUUCGGGACGUCGUGCCUUCCUUGGGCAACGACAGGAAACUGUCAAAGUUCGAGACGCUUCAGAUGGCCCAGACGUACAUCUCCGCCCUCCACGAACUACUCCAAAGGGAUUAG